CCAGCCUCUCCUGCGUUUCAUGGGCUACUUCUCGCUUGCUCUUGGUUAUCUUGUUUGCUCCAUGGUCUUGCUUCAUACACCAAACAAAACGCCACCAGAAAAGGAAAAAGAAAACCUAAAUCUCUGAGCUCAGCAGCCCUGUCCCUGAAUAGAGAAGAGGCAAGAAGUUUAUGAAUGAACUAUAGCCCGUGCCAUUGCUAGAUGCUAAUAAAAUGGUAUUAAAGAGCCAAGCAUCUCAUGCUAUUGUUCCUGUGCUUACCUGUUCUUCUGAACCUGCCCAAGCUCUUGGUGAUCAUUACAAUGAUACUGCCCUGCAGGAAAGAGAAAUUGAAGAACAUGACCAGGAACAACUUUUGGGCUUUAUAUUUAUGUGCAAUGGAAGGACAAAACCGCAGUGCUACCAAUACCGCGUUUUUGGUCUUCCUGUUGGAAAAAUGGAGGUUGUUGAGAAAAUUAAGCCGGGCAUGAAGCUUUUUCUGUUUGAUUUUGAAUUGAAGCUUCUCUAUGGGAUAUAUGAGGCAACCUCAGUUGGAACAAUGAACCUGGAACAAACUGCUUUCAAUGGGAGGUUUCCUGCCCAGGUGGGGUUCAGGAUCUAUAAGGAUUGUUUACCUUUGCAUGAGAGUUCUUUUAAACAUGCCAUUGAACAUAACUACCAGAAGGGCUUCAAGUUCAAUCAAGAACUUAAUAAGCAGCAGGUGAGGAGUCUAUUGUCUUUGUUUUGUCCUUUGACUGUGUCAGCACUUGGUUCUCUACAGCCAAUGCAACAUCAAGCUGUGGAAAAUCAAUCAAGGCAACCUUUUCUCAAGGAUUCAUGUGCACAGGUCUUAGAGUCUCAACAUGUUCAGCAGAUAGGUUUUCAGCGAUAUAAUUGUUACAGAUGCCUACUGGAUAUGAGCCAUGUCCAUCCAGUGAUGAAACCUCAAGUCUCACUCGCUCCAGUGGAUCCAAAUGCAACUGGGAAGCAACUCAGUCAUGUUCAACCAGUUUCAGAGCCUCAGAAUAUUCUACAGAGUGCCCCCUUUCUGCAGCAGCAUUAUUUUGGAUCCACUACAAACAUGGGCCAUUCCAAUCCAACUACAGUGACACAAGCUUUCCUGACAUCAAAUGGUCAAAAUUAUUUGGCAGAAGUUCAGCAGCCUUAUGUAGCUGGAAACCCUACCCAACCUGUGCCAGACCGGUAUAACAGAUAUGGGAAAAUGGGUAUUAAUCAACAGCUAGGCGCAGGGAAUAAGCAUCAAUUACUAUCAGAGAGAGAGGGGGAAAGUGUUCAGCAGAGGAGUGUUUACGAUAUCCAGUACUAAUUCCCACCCAUCACCUGCAGCCCCUCAUGUAUCACCAUAAGUGUUGUCAUAUAUGCAGACAGUGGGAUUACCUGAAGCUGCAAAUGGGACUCUUCCCCAUUGCCUACUUAUAUCCCUUUGCAGGGGCAGCUCCAACUCAUCAUUGACUUACAAAGUGAGAUGAUGGCAUCUCGAAUGUGCAGGAGGUUAGCAUAGUUUUAGUGACUAUUCAUUUGCAAGGUAUAUUACUGUUUAACAUGGCUUUAAUUGUCCUGCAAGGUGUGAAUUAAUGUUAGGAAUCUUGACAUCCUGUCAAUUUAUUAUGAUCUGUAGUAAAUACCCAAAAUCGAAGAUAAAGGACAACUUUUGAGCUUAAACUUAAAGCAAACUUUUGGUUGAUUGGUAUUGUACAAGGACAAAUGAAAAAUUUAACAGUAUGGUAAGUGGAGGGAUCUGAUCUGUAGCUAGCAUUACAACUAUAGAUUCAAGUGGCAAAAUGCUGACUAGC